AUGCCUUCAUUUCUGGCGCCGCUGCUCUGCCUGGCGCUGCUGCCCGCGCUCCCCGCCACACGAGGCCUGCGGUGUUCCCAGCCCAGCGAGGAGACCUGCUUAAAUGGUGGCAAGUGUGAAGUGUUUGCCAAUGGCACGGAGGCCUGUGUCUGCAGCGGGGCUUUUGUGGGCCAACGGUGCCAGGCGCCCAGCCCCUGCCUCAGCGCACCCUGCAAGAACGCCGGGACAUGCCAUGUGCUGGACCAAGGCGGCACAGUGGACUACGCCUGCAGCUGCCGUCUGGGCUUCUCCGGUCCACUCUGUCUGACGCCCCUGGACAACGCCUGCCUCACCAACCCCUGCCGCAAUGGCGGGACCUGUGACCUGCUCACGCUUGACGAGUACAAAUGCCGCUGUCCCCCAGGCUGGUCAGGGAAGACGUGCCAGCAGGCCGACCCCUGCGCCUCCAACCCCUGUGCCAAUGGUGGCCACUGCCUGCCCUUCGAGGCCUCAUACAUCUGCCGCUGCCCACCGGGUUUCCAUGGCCCCACCUGCCGGCAAGACGUGAACGAAUGCAACCAGAGCCCUGGACCCUGCCGCAAUGGGGGCACCUGUCGUAACGAGGUUGGCUCCUACCGCUGCACCUGCCGUCCCACCUACACUGGCCCACACUGCGAGCUGCCUUACCAGCCCUGCAGCCCCUCGCCCUGCCAGAACGGGGGCACCUGCCGCCCCACAGGAGAUACCACUCACGAAUGCACCUGUCUGCCAGGCUUCACUGGACAGAACUGUGAGGAGAAUGUGGAUGAUUGCCCAGGGAACAGCUGCAAGAACGGAGGUACCUGUGUGGAUGGCGUCAACACCUACAACUGCCGCUGCCCACCUGAGUGGACAGGCCAGUACUGCACGGAGGAUGUGGAUGAAUGCCAGCUGAUGCCCAACGCCUGCCAGAAUGGUGGUACUUGCCACAACAGCCACGGUGGCUACAACUGCGUGUGUGUGAAUGGCUGGACUGGCGAGGACUGCAGUGAGAACAUCGAUGACUGUGCCAAUGCUGCCUGUUUCCACGGCGCCACCUGCCAUGACCGGGUGGCCUCCUUCUACUGCGAGUGUCCCCAUGGCCGUACGGGUCUACUAUGUCAUCUCAAUGACGCCUGCAUCAGCAACCCCUGCAACGAGGGCUCCAACUGUGACACCAACCCCGUCAACGGCAAAGCCAUCUGCACCUGCCCCUCAGGGUACACGGGGCCCGCCUGCAGCCAGGAUGUGGAUGAGUGCUCACUGGGCGCCAACCCCUGUGAACAUGCGGGCAAAUGCAUCAACACGCUGGGGUCCUUCGAGUGCCGGUGUCUCCAGGGCUACACAGGUCCCCGCUGUGAAAUCGACGUCAACGAAUGCGUGUCCAGCCCCUGUCAGAAUGAUGCGACCUGCCUGGAUCAGAUCGGAGAGUUCCAGUGCAUCUGCAUGCCCGGUUACGAGGGCAUUUACUGCGAGGUCAACACAGACGAGUGUGCCAGCAGUCCGUGUCUGCACAAUGGGGAAUGUGUGGACAAGAUCAACGAGUUCCACUGCCAGUGUGCCACAGGCUUCACGGGGCACCUGUGCCAGUAUGACGUGGACGAGUGUGCCAGCACCCCAUGCAAGAAUGGUGCCAAGUGCCUGGACGGGCCCAACACCUACACCUGCGUGUGCACUGAAGGCUACACAGGCACCCACUGUGAGGUGGACAUUGACGAGUGUGACCCCGAUCCCUGCCACUACGGCUCCUGCAAGGACGGCAUUGCCGCCUACACGUGUCUUUGCCGGCCUGGCUACACGGGUCAUCGCUGCGAGACCAACAUCAAUGAGUGUCACAGCCAGCCCUGCCGCCAUGGGGGCACGUGCCAGGACCGAGACAAUGCUUACCAGUGCUUCUGCCUCCAGGGAACCUCAGGUCCCAACUGUGAGGUCAACCUGGAUGAUUGUGCCAGCAACCCUUGUGACUCGGGCACCUGCGUGGACAAGAUUGAUGGUUACGAAUGUGCUUGUGAGCCAGGCUACACAGGAAGCAUGUGCAACAUUAACAUCGAUGAGUGUGUGGCGAACCCCUGCCACAAUGGAGGCACCUGUGAGGAUGGAAUCAACAGCUUCACCUGCCGCUGCCCCGAAGGCUACCACGACCCCACCUGCCUGUCCGAGGUCAACGAGUGCAGCAGUAACCCCUGCAUCCACGGAGCCUGCCAGGACGGUCUCAAUGGGUACACGUGUAACUGUGACCCCGGCUGGAGUGGGGUCAACUGUGACAUCAACAACAACGAAUGUGCCUCCAACCCCUGCGUCAAUGGUGGCACCUGCAAGGACAUGACCAGCGGUUACGUGUGCACAUGCUGGGAGGGCUUCAGUGGCCCCAACUGCCAGACCAACAUCAAUGAGUGUGCGUCCAACCCGUGUCUGAACCAGGGGACCUGCAUCGAUGAUGUCUCUGGCUACAAGUGCAACUGUCUGCUGCCGUACACGGGAGCCACGUGUGAAGUGGUGCUGGCCCCGUGCGCCCCCAGCCCCUGCAGGAAUGGCGGCGAGUGCCGAGAGUCUGAGGAUUAUGAGAGUUUCUCUUGUGUGUGCCCGACUGGCUGGCAAGGACAGACCUGUGAGAUCGACAUUAACGAGUGUGUGAAAAGCCCCUGCCAACACAGUGCGUCCUGUCAGAACACCAACGGCGGUUACCGCUGCCACUGCCUGGCAGGCUACACCGGACGCAACUGCGAGACCGACAUCGACGACUGCCGGCCCAACCCAUGCCACAACGGCGGCUCUUGCACCGACGGCAUCAACACUGCUUUCUGCGACUGCCUGCCCGGCUUCCAGGGCGCUUUCUGUGAAGAGGACAUCAACGAGUGUGCCAGCAACCCAUGCCGCAACGGUGCCAACUGCACAGACUGCGUGCACAGCUACACUUGCACCUGCCCCGCCGGUUUCAGCGGCAUCCACUGCGAGGCCAACACGCCAGACUGCACUGAGAGCUCCUGCUUCAAUGGCGGCACCUGUGUGGACGGUAUCAACUCCUUCACCUGCCUCUGUCCCCCUGGCUUCACGGGCAGCUACUGCCAGCAUGACAUCAACGAGUGUGACUCGCGGCCUUGUCUGCACGGUGGGACCUGCCAGGACAGCUACGGCACCUACAAGUGCACCUGCCCCCAAGGCUACACCGGCCUCAACUGCCAGAACCUGGUACGCUGGUGCGACUCCUCGCCUUGUAAGAAUGGUGGCAAGUGCUGGCAGACCAACACACAGUAUCGCUGCGACUGCCACAGCGGCUGGACCGGCCUCUACUGUGAUGUGCCCAGUGUGUCCUGUGAGGUAGCUGCGAAGCAACAAGGUGUUGAUGUCGCCAACCUGUGUCGGCACGGUGGGCUCUGCAUGGACACAGGCAACACUCACCACUGCCACUGCCAGGCCAGCUACACGGGCAGCUACUGUGAGGACCAGGUGGACGAGUGCUCACCCAGCCCCUGCCAGAACGGCGCCACCUGCACCGACUACCUAGGGGGCUACUCCUGUGAGUGUGUUGCUGGCUACCACGGGGUGAACUGUUCUGAGGAGAUCAAUGAAUGCUUGUCGCACCCGUGCCAAAACGGGGGUACCUGCAUCGACCUGACCAACACCUACAAAUGUUCCUGCCCGCGGGGCACGCAGGGUGUGCACUGCGAGGUCAACGUGGACGACUGCACUCCGUCCGUGGAGCCCGGCACGCGAAGCCCCCGUUGCUUCAACAACGGCACCUGCGUGGACCAGGUGGGCGGCUACCGCUGCGCCUGCCCACCCGGCUUCGUGGGCGAACGGUGUGAGGGUGACGUCAAUGAGUGUUUGUCCAACCCCUGCGAUGCCCGCGGCACCCAGAACUGCGUGCAGCAUGUGAACGCCUUCCGCUGCGAGUGUCGGCCCGGCUACACUGGGCGCCGUUGUGAGUCAGUCAUUAACGGCUGUGGGGACAAACCCUGCAAGAACGGAGGAACGUGUGCCGUUGCGUCCAACACUGCCCGUGGCUUCAUCUGCAAGUGCCCUGCGGGCUUCGAAGGCGCCACCUGCGAGAAUGAUGCCCGCACCUGCGGCAGCCUGCACUGCCUUAAUGGUGGUACCUGCCUGUCGGGCCCGCGAAGCUCCACCUGCUUGUGCCUGGACCCCUUCACGGGCCCCGAGUGUCAGUUCCCGGCCAGCAGCCCCUGUGUGGGCAACAACCCUUGCUACAAUCAGGGCACCUGUGAGCCCACAUCCGAGAGCCCCUUUUACCGCUGCCUGUGCCCCCCCAAGUUCAACGGGCUCAACUGCUACAUCCUGGACUACAGCUUCGGUGGGGGCGCUGGCCAGGACAUCCCCCCGACGCAGGUCGAGGAGGCCUGUGAGAUUCCUGAGUGUAGCGCCGACGCCGGCAACAAGAUCUGCAGCGUCACCUGUAACAACCACGCCUGCGGCUGGGACGGCGGGGACUGUUCCCUCAACUUCGAUGACCCCUGGAAGAAUUGCUCACGUUCCCUGCAGUGCUGGAAGUACUUCAGCAACGGUCACUGCGAUGCUCAGUGCAACUCGGCCGGCUGUCUCUUCGACGGCUUUGACUGCCAAGGCAGCGGGGGCCAGUGCAACCCGCUGUAUGACCAGUACUGCAAGGACCACUUCAGCGAUGGGCACUGUGACCAGGGCUGCAACAACGCUGAGUGUGAAUGGGACGGGCUGGACUGUGCGGAGCGUGUGCCCGAGCGGCUGGCGGCCGGCACGCUGGUGGUGGUGGUGCUGAUGGCACCUGAGCAACUGCGCAACAAUUCGUUCCACUUCCUGCGUGAGCUCAGCCGCCUGCUGCACACCAACGUGGUCUUCAAGCGCGACGCGCAGGGUGAACAGAUGAUCUUCCCAUACUACGGCCGCGAGGAAGAACUCCACAAACACUCCAUCAGGCGACCCGCCGAGGACUGGGCCACCGCGCCCCGCGCCCUGCUCGGCCAGGUGCAGGCUGCGCUGCUGCCCGGCAGUGAGGGUGGACGCCGGCGCAGGGAGCUGGACCCCCUGGAUGUUCGAGGGUCCAUCGUGUAUCUGGAGAUUGACAACCGGCAAUGUGUUCAGUCAUCCUCCCAGUGCUUCCAGAGCGCCACCGACGUCGCCGCCUUUCUGGGAGCGCUGGCCUCGCUGGGCAACCUCAACAUCCCCUACAAGAUCGAGGCUGUGCAGAGUGAGAGCGUGGAGCCGCCGGCCCCUGUGCCGUUACACUUCAUGUAUGUGGCGGCUGCCGCCUUUGUGCUGUUGGCCUUCGUGGGCUGUGGGGUGCUGCUCUCCCGGAAACGGCGGCGGCAGCACGGCCAGCUCUGGUUCCCCGAGGGCUUCAAAGUGUCCGAGGCCAGCAAGAAGAAGCGGCGGGAGCCCCUCGGCGAGGACUCCGUGGGCCUCAAACCUCUGAAGAACACCUCAGAUGGCGCCCUCAUGGACGAUGAUCAGAAUGAGUGGGGGGGCGAGGAGCUGGACACUAAGAAGUUCCGGUUCGAGGAACAGGUGGUCCUGCCCGACCUGGAUGACCAGACAGACCACCGGCAGUGGACCCAGCAGCACUUGGAUGCCGCUGACCUGCGUGUGUCUGCCAUGGCCCCCACGCCACCCCAGGGCGAGGUGGAAGCCGACUGCAUGGACGUGAACGUCCGAGGGCCCGACGGCUUUACUCCCCUCAUGAUCGCCUCCUGCAGUGGAGGGGGCCUGGAAACAGGCAACAGCGAGGAGGAGGAGGAUGCGCCAGCGGUCAUCUCGGACUUCAUCUACCAGGGCGCCAGCCUGCACAACCAGACUGACCGCACCGGCGAGACAGCCCUGCACCUGGCUGCCCGCUACUCACGCUCGGACGCUGCCAAGCGCCUGCUGGAGGCCAGCGCCGACGCCAACAUCCAGGACAACAUGGGGCGGACACCACUGCACGCAGCUGUGUCUGCCGACGCGCAGGGGGUCUUCCAGAUCCUGAUCCGGAACCGAGCCACAGACCUGGACGCUCGCAUGCACGAUGGCACCACUCCUCUGAUCCUGGCUGCCCGCCUGGCGGUAGAGGGCAUGCUGGAGGACCUCAUCAACUCGCACGCCGAUGUCAAUGCUGCAGACGACCUGGGCAAGUCAGCCCUGCACUGGGCCGCCGCCGUCAACAAUGUGGACGCUGCUGUCGUGCUGCUUAAGAAUGGGGCCAACAAGGACAUGCAGAACAACAAGGAGGAGACGCCUUUGUUCCUGGCCGCCCGCGAGGGCAGCUAUGAGACAGCCAAGGUGCUGCUGGAUCACUUUGCCAACCGGGACAUCACAGACCACAUGGACCGGCUGCCUCGGGACAUCGCUCAGGACCGUGUGCACCAUGACAUCGUGCAGUUGCUGGAUGAACAUGGGCUGGCCCGCAGCCCCCAGCUGCACGGGGCAGGCCCGGGCGGCACCCCCACCCUGUCACCUCCUCUUUGCUCCCCCAAUGGCUACCUGGGCAGCCUCAAGCCGGCCAUGCAGGGCAAGAAGGUCCGCAAGCCCAGCACCAAGGGCCCAGCCUGCAGCGGCAGCAAAGAGACCAAAGAGCUCAAAGUGCGGCGGAAGAAGUCUCAAGACGGCAAGGGCUGCCUCCUGGACAACACCAGUGUCCUUUCACCUGUGGACUCCCUCGAGUCGCCACACGGCUACCUGUCGGACGUGGCCUCGCCGCCCCUGCUGCCCUCCCCGUUCCAGCAGUCCCCGUCCUUGCCACUCAACCACCUGCCUGGCAUGCCUGACGCCCACCUGGGCCUCGCACACCUGAACAUGGCGGCCAAGCCCGAGAUGACAGCGCUGGGAGGGGGCGGCCGACUGGCCUUCGAGGCGGGGCCUCCGCGCCUCUCCCACCUGCCGGUGGCCUCCAGCACCAAUACUGUGCUGGGGGCCAGUGGGGCUGCCAUAAAUUUCACCGUGGGUGGGGCUGCUAACCUGAGCAGCCAGUGCGAGUGGCUAUCCCGGCUGCCAAGCCAGUACACCCCACUGCGAGGCGCGGCCAGCGCCCUGACCCCACAGGCUCCCACCCUCCAGCACGGCGUCAUGGGCUCGCUGCAUGGUGGUCUCUCCUCCGGCACCCUGUCCCAGAUGGUGAGCUACCAGGGCCUGCCGGGCUCACGGCUGGCCACUCAGCCACACCUGCUACCUGCCCAGCAGGUGCAGCAGGUGCAGAGCCUCCAGAUUCAGCAGCAGCAGAGCCUGCAGCCCCCUCCGCCGCCGCCACAACCUCACCUCAGCGUGAGCUCAGCGGCCAAUGGCCACAUGGGCCGGAGCUUCCUGGGUGGUGAGCCCAGCCAGGCGGACGUGCAGCCCCUGGGCCCCAGCAGCCUGGCCGUGCAUACCAUCCUGCCUCCUGAGGGCCAGGUCCUACCCACCGCACUGCCGCCCUCACUGGCACCAUCCCUGACCACUGCCCAGUUCCUGACGCCGCCCUCCCAACACAGCUACUCCUCGCCCGCAGACAACACGCCCAGCCAUCAGCUGCCGGUGCCCGAGCACCCCUUCCUCACACCGUCGCCCGAGUCUCCCGAUCAGUGGUCUAGCUCGUCACCACACUCCAACAUCUCCGACUGGUCCGAGGGCAUCUCCAGCCCGCCCACCAGCUUGCAAUCCCAGAUCACCCACAUUCCAGAGGCUUUCAAGUAA